GUCCAUACCAUUUACCAUCUCAUCUCAUCUCAUCUCAUCUCUCUCUAACUUCUCUCUCACACACUAAAAAACAAACUAGCCUGUAAUAUCAAUCAAGUAAUCAGAGUUUGUUUCCUUUUCAUUUUCUUUCAAGGUAGUUUAUUUUCCUAAAAAUGAAUAGACAUUAAAAAAUAUUUUCUUUUAUGGAAGAACAAUAUGCACUGUUUCCCAAAUUAUUAUCUUCUCAGUUAUAAAUUAUAAACUUCAUCCUUUAUUCUCACUCCCUCAUUUACUCACUUUAGGAACCCUAGAACAGUUUUUUUUUGUUGUUCUUCUUUUUCAAAACAACAUUGGAUCUAGAAACUAAAGCUAAAAGUAUUUUCAAAUUUCAAUCCAUGGAUUCAUCAAUUCAAGAUUUUAUGGACUCAUGUAACUCUGACAACAGUUGUAGCCUCACAACAAACAGCACCAUCACUACCAACAACAACAUCAGCAACAGUUUAGUUGGUAGCUCUUCACCUUCUGGUUCUACCACCACAAGCAGCCGCUAUGAAAACCAGAAACGCCGUGACUGGAACACUUUUGGACAGUAUCUCAAGAAUCACCGCCCUCCUCUCUCCCUCUCCAGAUGUAGCGGUGCUCAUGUUCUUGAAUUUCUCCGGUACUUGGAUCAAUUUGGAAAGACAAAAGUUCACACACCAAUUUGUCCAUUCUAUGGACACCCAAACCCACCAGCACCAUGUCCAUGUCCAUUAAGACAAGCUUGGGGUAGUCUUGAUGCUCUCAUAGGUCGUUUAAGGGCAGCUUUUGAAGAAAAUGGAGGAAAACCAGAUACAAAUCCAUUUGGUGCUAGAGCUGUUAGACUUUACCUUCGCGAGGUUCGUGAUCUUCAAUCGAAAGCAAGAGGUAUUAGUUAUGAGAAGAAGAAGAGAAAGCGUCCACCCCCACAACAACAACAACAACAACAACAGCAUCAUCAACAAUUACCAAUGCAAUUGCCUCUUCAUCUUCAUCAUCACCACCAACAUCAGCUUCCACCUCCAGGUGCAACUCAAUAAAUGGAAAUUUCAUCAACUCUCUCUAUCUUUAUUGUUAUAUUAAGUCAUGAAUAUUAAUUUUAAGUACUAGUAGAUUUAGGGUUUUAUUUCAACUCUCUCUAUCUUUAUUUCUGUUUGUCAUUAAUUUGUUGUAUUGUAUGUAUGUAUUCUGCUUGGUGUGGCAGAAAUUAAAGAUAAGAUUAUGAAUCUGGUUUUAUAAUGGCAACGGUUAAUUAA